AUGGCACCGCGCUUUACAUCAUUUUCAAGGUGCAUUUCUGACACCGCGGCAUGCACGACCUUUGUGCCCUACAAGAGCCCGACAGAUUACAUCCUGCCGGCUGGCAACGGCCCCAAGACCGUGUUUGUCUUCAUUCGCGACGCAGCAAACUCCACCUCUGCCACUCCCGGAACCGCCACGGUAGAGCUGGAUGCCAAGGCUGGCCUGCUGAGUGUGGCCACCCCCUCCAUGAGCAUCGUCAACCAGCCGACAGUGGACCUGGUUGUCACGGCCAAUGCCAAAGAGAUGUGCAUCACGGACAAGCCAAUCACCUCAGGAGCCAAGUGUCCCAAAUGGGAGGCCAAGGCGGACAAGAAGACCCUCAAGCUCACCAGCGAGGGCCAACGCACCAUCACCGCCUACUUCCGCGACUCCAAGGCCGACAAGACGCCUUGGGGCCCUGGCACCACGUCUGUGCUGUAUGACAAGACACCUCCCUCAAUGGCCGCAAAGAGCAUCCAGCUGGCCGGAAAGUAUGCUGGCGGCAACUACACCGUCACCUUCACAGCCGCUGCCACUGACGACAAGCGCUCCGUCAAGGGCUCGGGCGUGAAGGACUAUGUGCUUGUGUUCCUUGCCGCGGGCAAGCCCAAGGCCAAGUGCACCUCCGGCACGGCCCUGCCUCUCUCAAUCUCAAGCGACGGCAAGACUGGCACAGCGUCCCUGGCAAUCCCCUCAGCUGAUGUCUCGAAGCACAAGUUCAGGCUGUGCGCCCGCGACAACGCCGGCAACGUCGCAAGCGGGCUCUCCCUGACCGCCAAGCCCUGA